UAUAAUUUUUUCUUGUUUUAGAGUGCAGUAUCAUCGGGUCCUAGUCAAUCAUCUUCUCCACCUACGACGAUGGCAGUCACAUCUUCAGCACCUACACCUGGAAGUCCUCCAUCUCAACGUUGUUGCGAUACCGGAAGACCAAUUUUUACGGAUCCUAUAACUGGUCAAACCGUGUGUUCAUGUCAGUACGAAUUAUUGGGUUAUCAAAGAUUAGGAGGAAUGCCUGGAUUACCAGCUCUAUCUAUGUAUAGUGCCCCUUACCCCGAAGGAAUUUCGGCGUAUUUUCCCGCCUUAGGAGCCGACCAAGCACCUUUUUAUUCCCCUCCGGGUGCUGGUUUGGAUCUAAAAGAAAAUUUAGCGGGGACGCCGGCGUGGCCAUAUCCUUCAGUAUAUCAUCCCUACGAUACCGCUUUUGCUGGUUAUCCAUUCAAUGGCUACGGUAUGGACCUCAACGGUGCGAGAAGAAAAAAUGCUACGAGGGAAACCACCAGUACUCUCAAAGCAUGGCUCAACGAGCACAAGAAAAAUCCAUAUCCUACCAAAGGAGAAAAAAUUAUGCUAGCUAUUAUUACCAAAAUGACUUUAACGCAAGUAUCCACGUGGUUUGCGAAUGCAAGGCGGAGGCUUAAGAAAGAAAAUAAGAUGACGUGGGAACCUAGAAACAGAGUUGAAGAUGAAGACAAUAACAACGAAGAUGAUGAUCAUAAGAGUACUGAUGGAAAAGAUAUUCUUGAUUCCAAAGAUUCUGGUACAGCAUCCAGCGAAGACGGUGAUAGACCAUCAAACCCUCGUUUAGGUCCUGACACCAGUAGCGAAUGGAGCGAAUCAAGACCAGAUAGCGGUCCAGAUAGCCCUGAAUGUUUGUAUGAUAGAAACCAUCCAGCUUACUUGCCCCAAAGAUCAUCCGGAUCACCUCCACCAAUUUCCGGAUCAUCAUCCUCCAAGCCGAGGAUUUGGUCCUUAGCAGACAUGGCCAGUAAAGAGAGUGAGACUACCACUCCUACUUCUCUAGCAUCGUUUUAUUCAUCACCGGCUGCAAGGUUGGUUCCACCUCUUGGUAGUCGACUGCCUCCUCCGACUUUACACACUGGUCCGUACGCGAGACCUCCGGAUCUUUAUAAGAUUUAUGGUCCGGCGGUUGCUCAGCAUAUAGCGGCUAGUGCAGCUAGUGGAACUCCACCGGACGUCUCUCUUUUGGAGACGUAUUCUCGAUUACCUGGAGCUAGUUUAAUGACGGCCAAUCCGGGAGGAUUGAAAAGCACGGCGACGUCGAGUUCCGGUUCCAGUGGGGCACCUCUUCUACCGUUGGGUUUGACGACGACGUCGAAUUCUUCGAGGAUGUCACCGUCGUCGACGUCCUCGAUAUCGUCCGGUUCUGAGACGCCCCACAAACCGGUUGCUCUGAACAAAGCUUGACUGCCGGUGACCUUGUGGAACUGAUCUACCUCCGCUGGCGUGUGUGGACAAUAAUAAUUGCCUUCGCGGCUCUGAAACUGAUGUGUUGGCACCAUUUCCCCCUGUUUAGUAGUGUGGUGUACAGUAAAUGUGAUAUAUAACACCGUUUUGGUUCCUUAAGUUACGGCGCUCCAAGGAAGCCGACGGCGAGAGGACGUUGCCCAACAUUUCCCAUUCGUUUGUUUGCUCUUUGUCUUUAGUGUACAUAAAAUUUAUAAAUACUAUAUUAUACAAAAUGAUGGAUAACUAAAGUUUUCUCGGCGGUAUAAAAAUCCUGUAUAUGUAUGUAUAUGUAAAUUAGAUUGUAGCAACUUAAGAAAAAAAUCUUUGUUAUUAUUAUUAUUAUAUUAUUGCUAUGAUAUAAUAAACUAAUUGUAUCACUAUAAGAACAAUAUACAUGAUAAUAAAAUACGUGGAAAAUAGAGAUCGUACUGAGAAAUUAUAUCAAAAAAAAAUAAAUAAAAAUAAUAAAACGUGGCACACGACUACAUAUUAAUAUAUUUACGUAUUAAUUAUUAUUAUAAACUAAUAACCGUACUUGUUUCAAUCAACAAUUUAUUGUUUCGUUUUUCUUCGAAUUUUCUUGUGUUCCUCCCAUAUAAAAAACGAUAACGACAUAUCACGUUUAAAAGAAACAUACCGAUGGGCAGAUGUGUACGUUUAUAGUGUAUAGAAUGCUGCGGUUCGUGUGUUAAAAAAAAGAAGAAGCUGCAAUAAAGUGAUUCGUUCAUUACAAUG